UUAUUCUGCCUGAAACCCUUCUGUGGUCCCGUGUCAUCAGGAUAAAGUCCAGACUCGCGGGUAUGACACAGCAUCUGGCCUUUCCUUACCUCUAUGCAUGUUACUCACCCUACUUCCACCCCACCUGCCAACUUGCCAUAAUUAGGCUUCUGAAAUACUAUCCCCCAGCUCAUGAGCACAUGAAAUACUCCUCCUCCGUGAACCACACCCCCCGCCCCCUUCUUCAGCACUGGGCACCCACUCCUAGCGGCAGUGUUUGCAGGUGUGUCUCUCUACUCCAAGCCCCAGGCUGCCAGGGUGAAGGGUGGUGGGACGGCUGGAGCAGGGUCAGACUUGAAAGCCCCGGCACAGGGCCUGGCCCACCCAAGGAGUUCCGCGGGUCUGCUGAAGGAAGAAACUAGCAGUGGACCAGAGAGCAGAGAGCAGUCACUGCAGGGUGGCCAGCCAGGGCCCUGAGACGGCGCCAACUGGAGGGCCGGUGGCCCAAGGCUGGGACUAUCCUGUCUCCUCCCUCUCCCGCCCUCAGCCCGGCCUCCCAACUCCCUACUUCGCGUGUCUAUAAACUGAACGCCCACUUUCCUCGCCUCUCCGCCGCUCAAGUUCUCCACGCUGUGUCCUGGGUUUUCCACUUCCCAGUGUCCGCCCCUUCACCUUGGGGGACUUAGCUGAGCCAGGGGGGGACCGGAUCCCAGCGGGUGGAGCAACCAGGUGAACCCUGAAAGGUAGGGCGGGGCGGGGGCGCUUGGGCCCCACCCCGGGAUCCGGUGACGCCGGGACUGGAAUUUGACACCGGUCGGCGGCGGCAGGCAUGAGGCUGCUGAGGGAUGGAGUUGGGCCCGGCCCCCAGACACGGCCCACGGGCUCCACAAGCAGCAGGUCCCUCGGGCCCCAGCCCUCGCUGCAUCCUGGACCCAGAGCCCUGCACUUGAGCUGCCUCAAGAAGAGGGUGGGGGAACAAGUCGACUAGGCUGAUGGGAGAUCCUGGUAUUGACAGAGAUGGAGCCUGGACGUGGAGGCCCUUCCGUGCUGCCCCGCUGGCCCCCGCCUAGGCGGCAGCCUGCCCUGUGGCCAUCGCUGGCCACUCUGGUGCUGCUGAGCAGUGUUGCUGAGGCCUCCCUGGGCCUCGCGCCCCGCAGCCCCGCCGCCCUCGAAGGCCCCGCGCCCGCCCCGGCGCCCCCCGCCGGCCACCUGACCGGUGGCCGCGCUUCCCGUUUCUGCAGCGGAAGAGCCCGACGGCCGCCCCCCAAGCCGUCCCGGCCCGCGCCCCCGCCGCCCGCGCCCUCGCCCGCGCCCUCCCGCGGCGGCCGGGCCGCGCGUGCCUGGGUCCGAGGUGUCCGCGCCAGCCGGCGGAGCCGCGCGCGGGCCGUGGGGGAGCGGGGCUGCCGCCUGCGCUUGCAGCUGGUGCCGGUGGGCGCGCUCGGCCUGGGCCACAGCUCCGACGAGCUGGUGCGUUUUGGCUUCUGCAGCGGUUCUUGCCGCCGCGCGCGCUCCCAGCACGACCUCAGCCUCGCCAACCUGCUGGACAAGGGGGCCCUGCAGCUGCCUCCGGGCUCCCGGCCGGUCAGGCAGCCCUGCUGCCGACCCACGCGCUACGAGGCUGUCUCCUUCAUGGAUGUCAACAGCACCUGGAGGACCGUGGAGCAGCUCUCAGCCACUGCCUGCGACUGCGUGGGCUGAGAGCUCUCUCCAAGGAUUUGCGGAUGGCACCCUGAUAUGGGGACGCUUCCUGCCUGGAAGGGACCACGGGCCUCAACCAGAGAUGGACGCCAUAGGCCUCAGCCGGGCUGGUGAUGGGCAUCAGCCCUGGAGGAUGAGGGACGACAGUCCUCACCUUGCUAGUCCCAGCCCUACAGACACCAGACACCUCAGCUACGGAGACCUCAGGACCGCUUCGCACAGACUCUGGCACUGAGCAGGCCACGGAGCCAGGACUCCUCCUCCGGGAACCCAGCAGAGUUUGCGGUCCCAGCCUCCGCCCUGGUCCUGGGGGGACAGAAUGGGAGGCGACACACUGCAGUCGCAUUGCUGAAGUGCCGGUGGUGGAGCGGCCUGGUACUCACUCCUGGGACCUGGACCCCUAUUUAUUAUUUCUAAGUUAUUUAUUUACUUCUGUGGUUUGUCAGAUCCUUUCCUGGGCAGUGGAGGCUGGAUGGGUAGAAGCAGCUGGCUGGAGAUCAUGCCCCGACCUUCCCACUCACCACUGCAGGCUGACUCAGCAAUCCCAGGCCUGGCCAUCCGGCAUCUCCAGCUGCUUCCUCUAACCAGCAGCGCUGGGAAGUGGGGCCAUGGCACACAGAGUGGGUGGCCAAGGUUCACUCACCAGUCCUGGCAGGCUGGCUUACGACCCCUUGCACUGUCCCCAGCACUUGGGACUUGGGGCUUCUGGUAGAGAAAGCCCAACCCUUGUGACCUCAGGCAUCCUGGGGGCCUUGCUUCAUGGGUAACGAUACAGAAAACCACACAUUACCACACCCCAGGCACUGAUCAAUCAGUGCCCUACCCUCAGGGCACUCUGACAGGAGUAUUCACUGCCUCUGAUUGCAGAUGGUCCAGUAUGGCGAGCUCACCACCCACAUUGCAUGAAGCAAUCCAGGGCAAGAGAGCAUCUGAAAAGGCCAGUGGGAGGCUAGGUUGGGGGGACGAAGCGCAGAGCAUCAAAGGGCUAGGAAUGCAGGAAAAGACUGAGGGCCCCGAGAGGGACCUGCAUCUUGGGUGAUGAACAAGACAUUCAUUUAUUCAUUCUACAAAUAUUUAUUAAGUAUCUCUCAUAUGUCAGACUCUGGGUAGACAUCAGGGACACAGAAGAGAAGGGGCCAUGAGCUCUGCCCUAAGGUUAAACUAGGAGAGACUGACAUUAAAUAAUUACAUAAAUAAUUAUUUAAAUGCAGCUUGGCAAAGAGUAUGAGAAGGGACAAGAAGCUAAGAGUCACACACCUUCAUCGGGAAGGGGGAAGAGGUUAAUGCUGACCCUGGCCUUCCACACUGUCCCUGAGUCACCUCCAAAAAGGCAGUGCAAUCCCUCUAAGUGUCUCUGCAUGUCCCACAAAACCUUGUUUCCUGGGUCGUAUUCGUUUGUCCUGGGUGGUUUUCUCCUUUGGGAAUACGAUGGGGGUGUGUAUUUGGAAAGGAUGCUGAGUCUGAGGAACCAUGGGACACCCAGAGGGGCGGUCAGGAGGCAGUGAGCUAUGCUGGUCUGGGACUGAAGAGGGAGAUUUGGGCUGGAGGCCGUUUGGGCAGCUGUGAGCACAGAGGCAGUAGCUGCAGCCAGGGUGCACGAGAGCAUCAUGAGAGUGAGGCGGGUCCGGGUGGGAUCCCUCCGGCAUUUGACACUGCUGACCAACAUUGCUUCCAGACUGCCCACGUGCCUGCCUGAGGGCUGUGCUCAUUCUGGGUCAAGGAGGAGAAAGCUGUGCUUCCACUCUUCUGUGUUCACUGCCCCAGUUCUAGGUGCUCCCCAAACGUUGGUGCGCUCUUGCUACCCUCACACACCCCCUUGGUCCCUCUACCUCCAAACUGAUUCAGGAUCCUCAGUCUCCAAACACCCUUGCAACUCCCAACCCCCGCAAAGAAAAUGGCACUAGUGCCACACAGUUGACACACACCUCCUUGGCCCUGGUUGAGGGUAAAGGGGGACAUCCUGUUAAUUCCAGGGUCAGUGGGGCCAGGGAGCCCUGCUGGAAAGACUUGAACGCUUGGCCUAGUUCCCAUAUCCCCCAACCCCCGCCCCUCAGUGCCACUUAAGGAGACAGACUAAAGCCAUCUCUGACAAUGCUCACAGCAAGAGGCAGGUCUGAACCCAAGCCAAAGGUGCUGGCUCGCAACAUCCCCGAAUUGCCAGUUCUUGAGGGAGUAGGGUCCCCCCAACUCAAGGCUACAUUGUGGACACCAGGGAGAUUGUACCCAACAUCUCACAAAGUCCCAGAUGAAAUGGCAACAUCUCCAAGAGGAACAUUCCCACAGAGCUAGUCUGUUUGCAGCUCACCACAACUCAAAUCCCUCUUUUAAACAAGACACAAAAUAAUAAAGCCAUUUUCCCCAAAGAAAACAGAGCUGCACUAAAAAAAGAAAGAAAGAAAGAAAGAAAACAGAGCUGCACUUCUUUUCAUACAAUUCAGCAGAGGGCACCUGGCACCUGACCUCACCAGGCAGAGAACUUCCACCCCGGGGGCCACAGGUGGCUUUAGUGUCUCCAUUUUCAACUGUAGUCUUUGUUUUACUUUCAAAACGACAUGGCCCAUUUGAGUGGCCCUCCCAGAACAACGGUACGGUCUCCUCCAAAGGGUAUCAAGUCACUACCUCUUGUAAGACAGAGAACUACAAACCUCUUUGACGUGACUGUUUCUCCACUUCAGGGAGCAACCAAAACUGUCCUCUAGAUUUAUUUCAUUCAAGAAUCAAGGUUCAGCGUUCCGUGUGCUCCUUCCACCCUUGCCAAUUGCUUCUCCUCUCUUGCCCCGGGACUGCCGUUUUCCCCGGCUGAAGACCCCUGUGAUUGAAUGUGUGUGGACUGGGUGACUGAGGUCUCAUCUUGAAAAGCAUAAGAUGCGUAGAAAGUUGAGAGAUCAGAGAACAAUCUAGAAUUGUGCCAUAUGAGAUCACCUUUCUUGUUCACAGGAGUGCUUCUUAACCUGUUUUGGAGUUGGAGAAUCCUUAGAGAAUAUGAUAAAAGCCAAGGAUCUUCCGCUACCCCCCACAAAAAAAGAAAAGAAAAGAAAAGAAAUGCUUGAAAACCUCUGAUGUGGAGAUCUGGUAAACAAUUUUAGGGGGUUCACAGAUGCUGCAGCUCAUUCAAAUUCCUUAGGAGUUGCCCAGCCAGCGUAGCUCAGUGGUUGAGUGUCGAACUAUGAACCAGGAGGUCACAGUUGGAUUCCUGGUCAGGGCACAUGCCCGGGUUGCAGGCUCGAUCCCCAGUGUGCG